CGCGCUUUCACGGCUACAAUAGGUACACGCUCAUUUCCGCGUUUUGCAGCUAUAAAUUGUGGUUGUGUUUGUUGCUGUUGCCGCCGUUUCUUUCAUUUUCGGUGGAAGCCUUCAAGAUGUCUCAAGUGGACGUGCUCUACGAGCACAUGAAGGAUGACCUUGAAUUGGUACAGCCGCCGCGCGAGGAAAGCCAAGUUGCCAAGUACUUCGCGGGCAAGACGAUCUUUAUCACUGGUGUCACGGGUUUCAUGGGAAAAUGCCUGAUCGAAAAGCUGCUUAGAGACUGUCCCGGAGUUAAGCACAUUUUCGUGCUCAUGAGGGAGAAGAAGAAUACUCCAGUCGACGAGUUGUUAAAGAAGUACUUCCAAAAUAUAAUAUUUGACCGAUUGAGAAAGGUAUGUCCAACUUUCGAAAGCAAAGUGACGGCUCUAAAAGGCGAUCUGGCUGAAGAGAAGCUCGGCUUGUCGGAGGCGGAUCGGGAUCUCAUUAAGAACGAGACCAACAUAAUGUUCCACAACGCUGCCAACGUCAAGUUCGACAUUCGCGUGUACUUGGCGCUGCAAGUUAACGUCCUCGGCACCAAUAGUAUGCUCGAGUUGGCCCACGAAUGCAAAAAGCUCGAGAUGUUCAUGUACGUGUCCACCGCGUACUCGCAUCCUUACAUCCAGGACGUCGAAGAGACCUUUUACAAACCACCUGCCGACCUUAAUGAGGUUUACGUGAUGAUGAAAAAGGACCUUGAAAUGAAGGAUGGCAUGCCGGAACAGUUCAUGCAGACUUGGUUGGGGAAGUUUCCCAACAUCUACACCUACACCAAAGCUAUUGCCGAAAAUUUGGUCAAGCAGCACGGCCAGAGGGCCAAAUUCAUCUGCGGAGUUUACAGGCCGAGUGUCGUUAUAAAUGCAUACAAUGAACCACUUGCCGGAUGGUGUGGAAAUAAAAAUGGACCAGUCCUAGUAUUCAUCGCAGCUGGCCUAGGAGUCCUUCACACGGCUUAUCAUGUAUGUUACCCCAUAGACUUGGUUCCUUCUGAUUACACCACUAAUGCACUGCUGGCAGUGACGUGGGAUAAUUACAGUAAAGGAAAAACCCAAUGUGAACCAGCUGUUUACAACUAUGGCAGUACUACCGUCAACCCCAUAACCUUAAAUGGCGUUCACGAAUUCUUGACUUCAAAUUUCAGUUACACAGAAACACCUUUCAGUUCUGUGUGGAAGCCUUUUAUAAUAUUCUCCAAGAACAUUUACGUAUUUUGGAUAUUUCACAUAUUGUUUCAUUUUAUACCUGCCUGUAUAGUGGAUUUACUUCUCAUAGUUACGGGGAAAAAACCAAAAGCUGUCUCUUUAUUCCUGUAUGCAACGAAACAUCUGGACAAAAUAAACUACUUCGGAAACGGUAACUGGCGGAUUCACAUAAAAGAAACUGUGAAAGUCAUUGAUCGACUCAAUGCCAAAGAUAAGGAAAUUUUUUAUUGUGACAUGCGUAAGGAAUCGUUCAUCUGGGAAUCGUACCUCGGUAUUUUGUGGCGUGGAAUCAGGAUGUACAUAAUGAAAGAGAAGUUGGAUUCAGCAAAGAGUUAUCGUAAAUAUAUACAGAUAUGUAUCGUGCACUACGGAGCGAUUACAGUGUUAGUGCUAUUAUUAUUAAACUGGCUGAUGAAAUUCAUGAGCUAAGUUUAUCAAAAUUAUAAAUCCUUUAGGAUGUGAUUCAAUUAAUUAAUAUAGAGACUGAAAAUCAAAACAUCAAUGACUCUCAAGUUGUGUUGAGGUAGAAUUUCAGUGAUUUUUCGAAAAGAAGUAAUAUUUUUAAAGAUAUUUGAUAACAAUAUUGUUUACCAUUGCUUUUUAGAGUUUUCCAAGUGUUGAAACUAUAUUUUUUAAAUUGAAAUUUUUAUUUGGAAAAUACUUUCAAAAUGUAUUACAUGAUCUGAUAUAAAUCAUUAUUUCUUAAACAGUGUAAAACACUAGUUUUUUUUUUUAUUAUAAAAAAAAUAUACUGAGUUGUAGCUAUCAAUGUUAUACAUUAAAUAUACAGUAUGGUAGCUGAUACCAACGCAUA